AUGGGCACUUACAAGUUUACCUGGGCUCACCCGGCCGAGGAGGUCUACGUUACCGGCACUUUCGACAACUGGACUAAGAGCGAGAAGUUGGAAAAGGUCGGCAGCUCUUUCGAGAAGACCGUCACACUCGCCGACGCAUCGGAAAAGAUCUACUAUAAGGUUCGUACCGGCCAAUUCAGGCGCUUUCUCUUGUACCCCUGGAGGGGCAGCGACGACAGCAGUACCAGCAGCACCAGCAGCACAGGCGGCGGAGUCGAUAGAGGGUUGGAUGAGACCGCGAACAAGGGCUCCGAUCGAAAGCAGCAACGCCGCAUCGCUCAGCCCGCGACAGCAUCCGUGGGCAAUUGGCAAGAUUGGCUGGCGGAUCCCGAGCAGAGCGGCGGGUUGGGGGCUCCGCUUUUCCACAGGUCCAAAAAAGCAAUGAACAAGGUUUUCCAGCCCAGGCCAGGAACCAACAGCCAUGCCCGCGGCCAAGGAACAAGCGGCAGCGCACAGCGCCAGGAACCACCGCCUUCCAAUUUGCCUGGAUUCUUGUUCUGGCGGAUACGGGCUAUCUUUCCUCACCUGGCCUUUAUAACCAUCUGGGACACCCAGAUCGCGCUCCCAGCUGAUCUCCCACAUUUGUUUGUCGUCGACAACAACUGGAUCACAGACCAUACUGCCCCUCAAGAACCUGAUCACGAGGGCAACGUAAACAACUUUCUCACCCCCGAUCAAAUCGUUAAGGAGGAUACCACCGCCGCAGUCAUGAACACUGUUACUCCCGAAUCUACCACCGCCGCCUUGGCUAAGGACGUGCCUCUCGAGAACAAGGAGGAGCUCCCCCAGGCUACCCCCUCCGACAUUCCCGGCGGCUUCCCCGUCACCCCCGCCAACGAGCUUGACAAGUUCAUUGGUGUGAACCCUAUCCCCGCCCAAGAUGUUACCGCUGAGCCCGUAACCGUCGCACCUGGCGAACCCCUCCCCGCGUCUGUCAAGGCUGGCGAUAUCAACGAGCACGUCAAGCUUGACAAGGAGGGUUACGAGGACUCUAGCGCUCUGCCCGGCCUCUCCAAGGAGGAGACCACCGUCCCUGAGGUUACCAGCAACACGAUCCCCGAGUCCAGCUUGCCCAUUGCGACCGCGGAUGCCACCAUCAACAGCGCCGCACCCACAUCCACCACCGCUGCUCUGGCCGCCGAGGUUCCUCUCGAGACCAAGACUGCCGAGGUUCCCGAAAUUGUCAAGGAGAGCCAAGAGAAGGCCCACGCCGAGCCUGAGGCCAGCGCAAACCCCGAGGCCGUCCAGGAGAAAGCCGUUGUUGAGGACGAGCUCCUCGAGAAGGUCCCCACCGCUCCCUCGACUUCUGAGGGCACCGCCGGAUUCGGCACUCAGAAGACUGAGGCCGCUGGCGUCGUCGUUGCCACCGCUGCCACUAUUGGUGGUCUCGCCGCUGCCGCCGCCAUCAAUGCCAAGGACACUGUCGUCGAGGCUGCUGCUCCUCACGUUGAGCAGGCUACCGUUGCCGCCACUGACGCCGCUGCUCAGCUCCCCGAGCCCGUCAAGGAGAGCCUGCCUGUGAGCGUUCAGGAGGCCAUCGGCGGUCAGACCAAGGAGGAGACCCGUGAGGAGGUCGCUCCCGAGGUUCCCACCGUCGUCAAGGAGUCUAUCGCCGAGGCCGGCAAGAGCCCCGAGGCUGCCGCCAAUACCGAGGCUGUCAUCGAGAAGAAGGAGGUCGAGGCUGAGCUCCUCAAGGAGGUCAAGCCUAUUCCCGCCGUUGGUGAGGAGACCAAGGUCGAGGCCGAGAAGCCCAAGGUUGAGGCUGCCAAGGAGGAAGUCAAGGAGACCAAGGAAGAAGUCAAGGAGGGCGAGAAGACCAAGACUGAGGCCGUCAAGGAGGAGGCUAAGCUCGCUAAGGAGGAGGUUAAGGCUGCUGUCACCAAGGAUGACUCUACAAAGGAGGCUAACGGUGCCAACGGUGUUCACACAACCGCCAACGGUGCCAACGGCGCCAGCCUCACCUCUACCAAGGAGCCCGAAGUUCCCACCACCCCUGCCAAGGCCCCGUCCUCCGUUCCCGAGUCAACGACACCAAGCAAUACAAAGGCCACCGAGAGCCCUUCGGGCACCGAGAAGAAGAAGAAGAACCGCCUGAGUGCCUUCAUCGGCAAGCUCAAGGCCAAGGUGCACAGCAAAUAA